AAAAAUAUUGACAUUUUUGCUAAGAAUUGAAGUUUGAAAUAUAAUGAUGAAAUAAGUAGAGAUUUAUUGGAUGAUUAUUUGGUAAGUGAAUCCAAAGGCAGAUUAUGGUUGAAGAAAAGGGCGUAAAGGUGAAUCAGGUUAGGAAAAUAAGGCAGAAUGGGCCGAACAAUGUAAUUGGUCUGUGUUUGGCUAUAUAAACCAAAUCCCCAAACACCGCAAUGACACACACAAACACAGAACAAAGCCAUUCUAGGCGGUGAGGCAGAAGCAGCAGCAGCUCUUCUUGCAAAAGCAAAAUGCAGCCAUACCAACCACAAUGGAGACAAGUUGCAAUAAUUUUCUGCUUAUUUGUAACGUACUAAAUAGUUUUCUUCUCGUGUGUGCCGACAUCUUUUAGGAUACAGGGUUCUUACUUCAUUUCUGCUCUUUAAUUGAUACAGAGAAGCAAUACUGUGGAAUUGGGGGAUUCCUUUUUGUAUUUUGUAAAAUAGAAAAAAUGGCUGACGGCAGAAGCAAAGUAGAGUCAUCUUUUGUGUUAUCCCAAGAAAUCAGAAGUAAGAACAAGAGAAAAUUAUUUGACCCUUCUAUAAAGAACCUGAUUAACCUUCCUUUGUCCUUGACUGAAUUCCCUUGGUAUGAACAAUCCUUGAAGAAAUCCCAGAGCCCAUUGAGUGAUCCGAUGUCAUCAGGAAUUAGGUCCAGUCUGUCUAAGGAAGUAGUCAGAGGAGAAGAGUGUGAAUCUGCUGAUUGGGAUGAUCCCAUUGUGUGUGCACUUGAGGAACUGCUGUCUGCUGGUCUGCUUGUACUUUUUAGGGAUGCGAUUAUGCAGAUUGUUGAGCAUGGCUACAGUGAGGAGGAUGCUGAGAAAUCUGUUUCAAGGCAUGGGCUUUACAGUGGGGGUAAAGACCUUGUGUCUAAUGUAGUUGAUGAUGCUUUGGCCUUUUUGGAAGGGAACGGAGUUUGUGCUUCAAGGGAUGAAGUGUUUGAAAAUUUGAAGCAAUUGGUGGACUACACUGUGCUGGAGAUGAUCAAUGUGCUCAGGGAGGUGAAGCCAUCCUUCUCCAUUGCAGAAGCAAUGUGGUGGUUGUUAAUGUGUGACUUGAACAUUUCACUAGCCUGUAUAGCAGAAGGAGAUCUGUUGAAUUUUCUCGAUGGUAAAGAAAUUUCAGGAGAAAGUUCAUCUUGCUCUACGCCUUCCCAAUCAAGAUCAGAAGCUCUAAGAUCUUUGAUCGCUCCUCCAAACACCAAAGAAUCAAAUAUUCCCAAUCCUUCCAAUCCCAAUGCUCAAAUCUGUCCCACUGAAACACUCAAUGUUGGAAGUUUACCAAAUUUACCUAACCCCAGAAACAAAGGAAGAGACCCUCUGGUUAUGGUGGCACAAAGCGUGGAAAAAUCUUUGAGUUCACUUGGAGAACGCGUUCAGAAUAUGUCCCUAACACUUGCCUCUGAAGAAAGAUCAGGAACUGGUCGAAAGGGUAGGUCCAAGAGGGAAUUGGUUACCCUUCGGCAUAAGUCCUUACAUGGACACAAUGAGAAAGCCUACAAGGUUUAUGGGAAAGGAACCUUCAAAUCAAGCAAGCUUACUACUAUUGGUGGUUGUGUUGCAGAAAAGAGAGUGAAACCCCUGGCUGAUUUACCUCCUGUGCAAUCAAAAAGUGGUGCCCCAAAGAAUUGUGCAGAAACAGGAGCUACAGCUUCUUCAGCUGAUGGAAGCCAUUGUGUUUCUACCAGUACUCCACUUGCUUUUCCUUUCCCAGAUAACUCUUCAACAAUUCCUACAAAGUGCUCUAUAUCAGCAUUACCUGCACCAAAUAUUGAGCAUGCAGCAUCAUCCUCUUCAGAUAAACAUCCUGCUGCAAGAUCUGAAUCCUGUGUCCUUCUGUCUCCCAUGAUGCCUGACUUCUAUGCUGGAAUUCCUUUUGAUGAGUCUUUGGGGAAGUAUGUCCCGCGGGAUGAGAAGGAUGAACUUCUCUUGAAGCUAGUUCCUCGGGUGCAGGAGCUGGAGAAUGAACUGGACAGUUGGACUGAGUGGGCUAAUCAGAAGGUAAUGCAAGCUGCUCGUAGGCUUAGCAAGGACCAGGCUGAGCUUAAAGCACUGAGGCUAGAGAAGCAAGAAGCAGAGCAAUGUAAAAGAGAGAAGCAAAUGUUGGAGGAGAACACCAUGAAGAGGCUAUCAGAGAUGGAGAUUGCCCUUAAUAAUGCCACUGGCCAGGUUGAAAGGUCUAACACCACUGUUCACAGGCUCGAAUUGGAGCAUGUUCUGCUGAAGAGGGAGAUGGAAGCUGCCAAAGUAUGGGCAGUAGAAUCAGCUACUAAUUGUAUGGAAGCAUUGGAGAGGGAACAGAAGGCACUCAAGGAUGCACAGUCAUGGGAGGGACAGAAAGCUUUAUUACGGGAGGAACUUGAGAGUGAGAAAAUGAAGUCAGCUGAGCUGCAACAGGAAAUAAGCAAGACAAGAAAUUGCCAGAAUCAAGUUGAGGCUAGAUUGAAAAAAGAGAGGAUGGCAAAGGAAAAACUUCAUGCACAGGCUGCUUCCAUAAGGAAGGAACGAGAAAAACUUGAAGCUGCUGCAAAAGCACAAGAGGAAAUGAUAAAGCUGAAAGCAGAAAAGCAGAUGAUGAAAUAUACAGUUGAUAUAAAAAAGCUUGAGGGCCAUGUAUCACAUUUGAAAUACAAGUCAGACUCUUCUAAAAUAGCAGCCCUUCGAGGAAGUGCUGAUGGAGGAUAUGGUUGCUUCCUGCCUGGUGGCCAGGGUGCAAACCCAGCUAUGAUGGGAAAUCAGAUUCCUGGUUUCCUAGGGGGAGGGAAAAUAUGCGUAGAAAAUGUUGCAACAGGAGGUUUAAAACAGGAAUGGGAAUGUGUCAUGUGCCUAGCAGAGGAGAAGUCUGUAGUUUUCUUGCCGUGUGCUCAUCAGGUUCUCUGUCCAAAAUGCAAUGAACUCCAUGAGAAAGAAUGCAUGAAAGAUUGUCCUUCUUGUAGGACCUUAAUCCAGAGGCGCAUUAGUGUGCGCUUUGCUAAGCCAGAACUCACAUGCCUUUCAAGGAAAAAGGGGGCUGGGUUGUAACAGCAACAACAUGAAUGUUGUAAAUGUGUUUAUGUUGCAUUUCAUCAA